AAGUGGGCCUGAACCGAUACAACUUAAACCACCUUGAGUCUGUUAUACUUCAUUAAGGCCCAUUGUAUAUACCCCGGCCCAACUUAAUUAUUUGAUGUAUAUAAUGACUAGUAGGUUGUACAUUGAACACUUUUGCCAUUUUUCAUUCUGAUAUGAAUAAGAAAGACUACAUUUUAUUUUGUUUUCUCUCUCUUUAGAAAGUUCUCAUGAACUAGGGUUUUCUCAAAGUCGAUUUCUAUCUCUUCCGCUUCUAUAUAAGUUUACAUGGUAUCAGAGCAAUAGAUCCUGAUAGAUCUGGUUGUUAUCUUUCGGCCAGUAUUAACCUCAAAGUUUUGCGAUUUGAUUAGGGUUUCAAAAUUGGUUUUUCUUCAAUUUUUUUGGUCGAUUUUCGAGUUCGAAGGAAAUUUGAGCUGAUUUUCUGGUAGAUCUUUUAAUUCUCGUUGGUGCAGUGUUGACCUCGAAGUUGUAUAUUUGAUGUUCGAAGUUGAAUUUCUGUUCUUCUGGUGAGUUUCUGUGUUUGUUGACAUUGAAAUUGGUCGAACAAGGCUUUUACUUCUUGAAGUUGUGAAAGAAGGCUGGUAAUAUCUCUCUUCUCGAACUAAUCCUAGGGUUUCAAUAUUGUUACUUGUUGCAAUGAAUUCUGUUGCUGCAAACACUUCGCAAAGAUCUACACAAAUAUCUCACACUCACCCACUUUACCUCCAUCUGUCUGACUACCCUAGAAUGGUCCUUGUUACCACACCUUUCAAUGGGACUGGUUAUGGUAGUUGGCGGAGAGGAAUGCUUAUUUCUAUAUCUGCAAAACGAAAAUUAGGGUUCAUAAAUGGAAAAGUAGACAAACCUGCUAAUACUGACCCUCUAUAUGAUAACUGGGUAAUGUGCAAUGAUAUGGUUAUCGCGUGGAUUCUUAAUAGUCUCGAUAAAGAGAUUGUAGACACUGUAAUGCAUACAGAAACUGCAGAGGAUAUAUGGAAGGAAGUUGAGAAACGGUAUGGUUAAGCUAGUGGGACUAAAGUGUUCCAAAUUAGGAAGGACAUCUCGUCCAUUUCUCAGGGUUCUUCCUCUAUAGCCUCAUAUUUCAAUAGAAUUAAGAAAUUGUGGGAUGAGUUGACUAUAUUUGUUGUUUAUCCACCUUGUACAUGUGAUUUUAAAGAUGAAUGGGUAAAAUUGGAAGGGGAUCAAAGGGUGCAUCAGUUUUUAGCUGGACUAAAUGACUCUUAUGCUGGAAUUAGAAGGAAUAUCCUAAUGAUCAAACCCCUUCCUGAUUUAGAUAGUGUGUAUUCUAUGUUGAUUCAUGAUGAGCAACAAUCUGAACUUCAAGCUGCUCUUCCUUCCUUUGCCGCUGAAUCCACUUCUUUCUUUACUACUUGGGGAACUAAGCCUUUUUCUCAUAAGGUUAACUUUGAACCUAGGAAAUUUAACAAUGAACCUAGAAAGUUUAACAGUAAUAACAACUAUCCUCAAGCUGAUCCUAGAAAGUUUAACAAUUACCCUUCACCUCAAGGUCUUUUUUGUAAGUAUUGUAAGAGACCUGGACAUGUCAUUGAAAAGUGUCACAGGCUACAUGGUUAUCCUCCCAAUUUCCAAUUUUCCAAAGGGAAGAAGACUGUUGCUUGUGUUCAGGGUAUGGAAAUGUCUUUUCCUCAGGGUGAUUCUUCUGGUUCAGUCCCUAAUGCUGCUUCUCCUCAGUCCUAUGGUCCGGAUUCUAGUUUACAUGGUUUUAGUUAGGAGCAGCA